CGGCGCUGCCCGCGCCGGCCGAGGCGGAGCCAGCGGCGGGUCCUGCCUGCCCGGCCGAGGUGAUGCGGCGCUGAGAGCCGGCCGGCAGCGUUCCGGGCGGGGCGGCACCGCCGAUGGACGCCUCUCUCAGCCAGGGUGCCAGGGUAUGGCUGCGGGAGCAGGACCAGCUGCAGCCAUGCACUGUUGGCUUAUGCGCCGAUGGAAAUGUGCUCUUCACCUCAGAUUAUGGCAUGGUAUUCCAGUACCCCAAAGCCUCCCUUUCUAGAGAAAAGGUCUUACCAAUGCACCAGACCAGCGUUGAUGGGGUCGAAGACAUGUCCAUGCUGGGAGAUCUGCAUGAAGCUGCCAUCCUACUGAACCUGCACCAGCGCUACCAACAGGGUCACAUCUAUACAAACAUUGGUUCCAUCUUGGCAUCAGUAAAUCCCUACAAACCCAUCCCUGGUCUGUACAGUGUGGAUGCCAUAGACCUGUACAGACAGCACCGCCUCGGUGAGCUGCCUCCCCAUAUCUUCGCCACUGCUAAUGAAUGCUACUGCUGCUUGUGGAAGCGUCAUGACAGCCAGUGUGUUCUGAUAAGUGGAGAAAGUGGAGCUGGAAAGACUGAAAGCACCAAGUUGCUGCUGAAAUUUCUGUCAGCCAUGAGCCAGACCUCCCUCGGGGUCCCUGCAUCUGAAAAGAGCACUCACGUGGAAGAAGCCAUCCUGGAAAGCAGCCCUAUUCUGGAGGCCUUUGGAAAUGCCAAGACAGUUUAUAAUAACAAUUCCAGCCGCUUUGGCAAGUUCAUUCAGCUGCACUUUUCUCAACAUGGACACAUCCAGGGAGGACGAGUAACUGAUUAUUUACUGGAGAAGAACAGAGUGGUACACCAGAACCCCGGAGAGAGGAAUUACCACAUCUUUUAUGCUCUGCUGGCUGGUGUGAGUGGGGAACAGAAAGAAAGCCUUUCUCUCUCUGAGCCAGAGACUUAUCGCUACUUGAACCAGUCUGAUUGUGUGACUGAUGAGAACCUGAAUGAUGUAGAGAUGUUCAGUAAGGUCAUGACUGCCAUGAAGGUGAUAGACUUCAGCACUGAAGAAAUCAGAGACAUCUUCAAACUUCUUUCUGGCACACUUCAUCUGGGAAAUAUUGAAUUCAUGACUGCUGGCGGGGCCCAGAUUACCACGAAAGCAGUGCUGAACAUUGCCAGUGACCUCCUGGGCCUAGAUGCCUUUCAGCUUUCUGAAGUACUGACACAGAGGUCCAUGAUUCUGCGUGGGGAAGAGAUCAGCUCCCCUCUCACUGUGGAGCAGGCAGCUGACUCCAGGGACUCCCUCUCUAUGGCGCUGUAUUCCCAGUGUUUUUCAUGGCUCAUUAGCAAGAUUAAUACGAAGAUCAAAGGCAAGGAAAACUUCAAGUCUGUGGGCAUCCUGGAUAUCUUUGGCUUCGAGAACUUUCAGGUGAAUCGAUUUGAGCAGUUUAACAUUAACUAUGCAAAUGAGAAACUCCAGGAAUAUUUCAACAAACACAUCUUCUCCUUGGAGCAGCUGGAGUACAACAGGGAAGGAAUAAACUGGGAAGCCAUUGACUGGAUGGAUAAUGCAGAGUGCCUGGACCUUAUUGAGAAGAAACUAGGUCUGCUGGCUUUGGUAAAUGAAGAGAGUCGAUUCCCCAAAGGCACAGACAACACCCUUCUGGAAAAACUUCACAGCCAGCAUAUGAGCAACCACUACUAUGUGAAGCCUCGGGUAACAGACCAUCAGUUUGGCAUAAAACAUUAUGCUGGGGAGGUGCUAUACGAUGUGAGAGGAUUUCUGGAGAAGAACAGAGACACCUUUCGAGAUGACAUUUUAAACAUGCUGAAAGACAGCAGGCUGGACUUCAUCUAUGACCUUUUUGAAAGAGUCUGCAGUCGUUGCACUGAAGAGACACUGAAGAUGGGCACCCAGAGGCGCAGACCAACUGUCAGUUCCCAGUUCAGGGAUUCCCUUCAUUCCCUGAUGGCCACACUUAAUACUUCCAACCCCUUCUUCAUCCGCUGCAUCAAACCAAAUACAGAAAAGGCACCAAACCUCUUCAAUCCAGAUGUGGUGCUAAAUCAGCUCCGGUAUUCAGGGAUGCUGGAGACAGUGAAAGUUCGGAGAGCAGGUUUCCCUAUACGGCGCCUUUUCCAGGACUUCCUCAGCAGGUACAAGAUGCUUUUGAAGGGGCCAAGUUUCUCAGACAACAGCAAAGCUGCAUGUGCAGGCUUUCUUCAGACCUAUGACAGCAGCAAGAGAGAAUGGCAGUUGGGUAAAACCAAGGUUUUCCUGAAGGAGGCUCUUGAGCAGAAGCUGGAGAAGGAUCGGGAAGAGGAGUUGAGGAAAGCAGCUAUAGUCAUCCGGGCCCACGUCUUGGGCUACAUGGCAAGGAAGAAGUAUCAAAAAGUGCUAGCCAGUGUUGUUAUAAUCCAAAAGAACUACCGAGCAUACUUCUGGAAGAAGAGCCUGCUGCGACUGAAGGCCUCUGCCAUCAUCUUGCAGAAGCACUGGCGUGGCCGCCUGGCUCGCAGCCUCUACCAGCACCUGCUGCAGCAGGAACUCGGGCGGAAGCAGGAAGCGGAGGAGAAAAGGAGGCAAGAAGAGGAAGAACAGAUCAGAAGAGAGGAAGAGGAAAGACAAUGGCAAGAAGAGGAGGAGCGUAGGAGGAAACUGGAAGAGGAAGAGGUGAAGGAAAGAGAAAAAGAACAACUGAAUGCACUACUCCAGGUGGAUCAGGUGGAAGCAGUAAAGACUGAAGAGGUAGAUAUUCCACUGAAAGAAGAAGAGAGACGUCAGAUGGAGGAGAUCUUAAGACUGGAGAAGGAGAUUGAGAAGUUGCAGCAACAGAAGGAGGAUCAUAUGUCUAUCAUCUGUGAAAACACCAGGAAUGAAAUCAAUCGGCAACGAGAAGAAGAGAUCCAGAGGCUGGAAAAGGAGGCAUCUAGGGUUGCCCAGGAGUUCUUGGAGCUGCUGGAUUUUGGCAAUCUGGAUGAAAGUGUGCAAAACUUAGAGCGUUCACUUUCUAGUGAGGGGACACUCAACAUUGACUGCAGCCUGAUGGCACCACUGGCUGAAGAAGAAGUGGAUGAGGGUUUUCAUGCUGAUGAUGAAGGCCGGCCAACUUCCAGCUUGGUGGUCUUGAAUCAGCAUGGCAUGAGAAGCAGCAAUAGCUACUCAGAGGAAGUUGCAGACACAAGCCUUUCACUUCUCCAAAAGAGAGUGGAAGAGGUUGUCCUUGCUCCAGGACAGUCUGUGGAAAGAGCCACUAGCCCCAAGGAGCAGAGAGCUGUGUCUGACCCAGCAGAAAGCAUUUGCAGUAUUGUCUCAAAUACACAGAGGAGUAACAGCGGGGAGAUGGGAGAGCGAGUAUACACUCCUCCUCCGGAUGUGGAGUCUGACUAUGACCAUGAGGAGUUUGAUGGCUGUGGAGAUGCAGGUAGCGCCUCAGCUGAACCUCUGAAUGGUGAGGAAGGUCUGCGACACUCUCAUGGUACCAGCCUGGACUCCAACCGUGGCAGCCUUGACUCGUUUCUGGACAGUGAAGAAGAAGUGGAUGUUUACAUUGAUACAGAUGAAGAGUUCUGUAAUGGACGAGUCACUCUCUUCAAUGGCUCAGGACCACCCUAUUUUCACAGCUAUCUCUACAUGAAAGGAGGUCUCAUGAACCCAUGGAGGCGGCGCUGGUGUGUUCUUAAGAACGAGGCCUUCAUGUGGUUCCGCACCAAGCAAGAGGCACUAAAGUCAGGCUGGCUGUAUAAGAAAGGUGGAGGCAUGUCAACACUUUCACGCCGCAACUGGAAACGCCGUUGGUUUGUGCUUCGAGAAUCCAAGCUGAUGUACUUUGAGAAUGACAGUGAGGAAAAGCUUAAGGGGACAAUUGAUAUCAGAAGGGCAAAAGAGAUUGUAGACAUUCAUGAAAAGGAGAAUGCCUUGGACAUCGUGACAGAAGACAGAGUUUAUCACAUUGUCGCAGAGUCACCAGAAGAUGCCAGUGGUUGGUUUAAUGUCCUCAGCCGAGUACACAGUGCUACAGUGCAGCAGCUGAGGGAAAUGCAAGAUGAACAAGCCAAUCCAAAGAAUGCUGUGGGAACCCUGGAUGUUGGGCUUAUUGACUCUGUCUGUGCCUCAGACAAUCCUGAUAGACCAAAUUCUUUUGUGAUCAUCACAGCAAAUCGCGUGAUUCACUGCAACAGCGACACCCCUGAGGAGAUGCAUCAUUGGAUCUCCCUGCUGCAGAAACCAAAAGGCGAAUCUAAGGUUGAUGGCCAGGAAUUCCUUGUGAGAGGCUGGCUUCAUAAAGAGGUUCAGAGCAGUAACAAGAUGUCCUCUUUGAAGAUGAAGAAACGCUGGUUUGUGCUGACAAACACUGCCCUUGAUUACUACAAGUCAUCUGAGCGCACAGCUGCCAAGCUUGGCACACUUGUGCUCAACAGCCUUUGCUCUGUAGUGCAGCCUGAUGAGAGGGUCUUCAAAGACACGGGCUAUUGGAACAUCAUUGUCCAUGGACGAAAGCACUCCUACAGACUCUACACGAAGCUGUUGAACGAAGCUAUGCGCUGGGCCUCUGCCAUUCAAGGUGUCAUUGACAGCAAAGUUCCCAUAGAAACACCUACACAGCAACUAAUUCAUGACAUCAGGGAAAACAGCACAAACUUGGAAGUAGUGGAACAGACGUAUAGGAGGAACCCAAUCUUGCGAUAUACCCAGCACCCUUUGCAUUCCCCAUUGCUCCCACUACCAUAUGGGGAUGUUAGUGUCAACUUGCAACAAGAGAAGGGUUACAGCAGCUUACAGGAUGAAGCAGUGAAGAUCUUUAACUCCCUUCAGGAAAUUGAGACAGUCUCUGACCCCAUACCCAUUAUCCAAGGCAUCCUGCAGACCUGCCAUGAUUUAAAGCCCCUUCGUGAUGAAGUGUACUGUCAGCUCAUCAAACAAACUAACCACAUGCCGCAUCCCAACAGUACUGGGAAUCUGCACCACUGGCAGCUGAUGUCAUGUAUGAGCUGCACUUUUCUGCCCAGUAGAGGGAUCCUGCGCUACCUCAAGUUCCACCUUAGAAGGGUAAAAGACCUCUUUCCAGGCUCAGAAAUAGACAAGUAUGCGCAAUUCAUUAGUGAUUCCCUGAAGAGAACAAAGACAAGGGAGUUUGUGCCCUCCCAGGAGGAAAUACAGGCUCUUCUCACCCGAGAAGAAAUGACCACAACAGUGUACUGCCAUGGCGGUGGCUCCUGUAAAAUAACCAUCAAUUCACACACAAGCGCUGGGGAGGUGGUUGAAAAGCUUAUCCGCGGUUUAGCAAUGGAGGACAGCCGUAAUAUGUUUGCACUCUUUGAACGUAAUCAGCAGGUGGACCGUGCUGUUGAGAGUCGGGUGAUUGUGGCUGAUAUCUUGGCCAAGUUUGAGAGACUUGCUGGCUCUGAAGAAGAAGAGGAAGAAGGACAGUGGCAGCUGUAUUUUAAGCUUUAUUGCUUCUUGGAUAUUGAGAAUGUUCCCAAAGAUGGGGUGGAGUUUGCCUUCAUGUUUGAGCAGGCUCAUGAAAGUGUCAUAGAUGGUCAUUUUCCUGCGCCAGAGGACACACUACAGCGCCUAGCGGCUCUACGGCUGCAGUAUCUUCAUGGAGAUUAUUCUAAAAUAAGUUGGACCCUUGAGGGAAUCUACCCAGUUAAUAGACUAAGAUCCAAAAUACUCCACUCAACAAAGAGUAGUGGCACUACCAGUCACACUCUGGAGAGAAGACGAACAAGCUUUCUCGAAGGGACGUUGAAACGCAGCUUCAAGACAGGCUCUGUAAAGAAGCAGAAGGUAGAAGAGGAGCAGAUGAUGGAGAUGUGGGUAAAGGAAGAGCUUUCAGCUGCUCGGGCAAGCAUAGCACAGAAAUGGACCAAGCUGCAGGGACUCUCUCAGCAUCAGGCCAUGGUGAAAUACAUGUCCAUCGUAAAGGAGUGGCCGGGUUAUGGGUCAACUCUCUUUGAUGUUGAGUGCAAGGAGGGUGGAUUUCCAAAUGAUCUUUGGCUUGGAGUCAGCACAGAGAAUGUGUCUGUCUACAAACGAGGGGACCCUAAACCACUAGAAACUUUCCAGUAUGAGCAUAUAGUUUUCUUUGGAGCACCACAGCCUAACACCUUCAAAAUUACAGUGGAUGAGAGAGAAAUGUUCUUUGAAACAUCCCAGGUGGGAGAGAUAAUAAAGAUCAUGAAAGCAUACAUCAACAUGAUUGUGAAGAAACGCUGCAGUGUCAAAUCAGCUACCAGUGUGGACAGUCAUGCUAGCAUCUGGACUAGGUGAUAUGAAUGAACUGCCACAAGAGAGAGGCAGUUGUUUAAUGGUUGGUGUUUGCAACUUGCCAGCACAAGUGUAGCAAAGAUGUUUUUUUAAGAAUUCCACUUGACUGACUACUAUAUUUAAAAACUGAAGUGACAUCUACAGUACCAUAGGAUUUGCACCUCUUCCCAAAGAUAUUAAACAGCAACAAAUGUUGUUCAAUAUUAACUACCCAAAACUUGGUUUUCCCCUUGCUUUUGAUGAAUGGUGUACCUUAAAGAAGCAAAGUCAGAAGCAGCAGCAGCAUCCUGCCUGUUUUCUCUGCUGCUUUCACUGUUACCUGUCAUAGUAGCAGAAAAAUUUACAAGAAUCACUUCUGCACUACAGGAGGUGGACUUAAACUUCCUUGCAUUUCCAACAUGUAAACAUCUGUGAUCCUGGGAUCAUAGCUAAAAGAAUACCUGGUUUUUAUUUUUUUUGAAAGCAACUUUAAAAUAUAAGUCAUAAGUUGUCCAACUAAGAGGUCAAACCCUAUAUGAGAGAGCAUUAAACAAACAAUUAAAAACACCAAAGGUGGUUCUUGACCUUCCAAUACAAGUUCACAGGUACAACACUGUAAAAAGUGGCACUUUAACUUAAAAUUCUUAAUACUCCAAUAUAGGAGAAAAGCUGUGGGACUAGCACCACUGAAACUGAUUAUCAGGUUGCCAUCCCAGUUACAUUCCAAGCAGUAACACUUGCCUAAAGAAUUAAUGACUGCCUUUCUACAGCUCAGGAGGUGAGACAGAUUGAUUAGUUGCAUUUCCAGAAGAGCUGUUCUUCACAAACUCUAGGUUUUGAUGGAAGUGAGAGGUUUUCAUGGGGAACAGCUUGCUGUAUUAAGUUCCUUCCUUCUCUAGAUGGGAUUUUAGGAUGAUGGGGAUCCCUGAACUUAUGUGAAGCGUUUCCUACUGAGUGAAUAGGUGCCUACAUAAAUUGUUAUAGGCAAGAAUUUCACUUCUGCUCUACUACUGUAAGCAGAUGCCAAACUCCUCAUCUUCCUCCAAAUUCUAAUUGGAACUGCUUCCAUCACUGAAUUCCCGAAUCCCCUUCCAGUCUCUCCUAGGUCCUUAUUCAUCAGCAAAACUGGAAAGCAAUGCUGUUUUGCCAAAUCAGCUGCUUCUUGGAUGUUUUUAUAGCUACUUGCGAAGAAGCAGAAAUUCUUUUUCUUCUGAGUGAAAGAUGACAAUCAUCUUCAUUCUGUUGACUUCAGAAACUUGAUUUUGUUGUUUAAAAUAGUAUUCAAUAUCAGUCACAUCAUAAAUUGGUUGCAUUAGCAAUCAAGAAACCUGGUGGCUAGCCAUUUUCUAUGACCCUGGUCUAGUCUUGGGAUCCCAGAACGCAAAGGCCCGUUCAGUUUCUUAAUGAAACUGAAGAGCUGUAAUGUUUAUUGGGUAUUUAAAAUCAGUUGUCUCUAUUUCUGAAGAAGUGGCAGCUAAGGCCUGUGAGCUAUGAAAAAGAAAUUUCAUAGCAAACUAGAAGUCAGUAUUCAACCGGUUCUGUUCCAAUUGAUGAUCAAAUUGUGCCAUGUCACUAAUACUGUGUUGCAGAACACUGUAGUUUUGAGGUUGACAGUACAAGAAAAAACACUGUAUGUUAUCUGUGCUUUUCUCUCAUUUCCACUACACUGCAGCAUGUGCAAACACUGUCCACUUGCCACACAACCAGUGUAAGAGGAUAGCCACUACUGUGUAUCAUAGGUUCAACUGGAGUUUUGCCUUAACUAGCUUUACUGAAGGAUCCUACAAAUAUCCCCCUUUUGUCACAAAGAAUAAAAAGAUGAGCAGGUCACAAGUGAGAGGGAACAGGAAUGCAGGGGCACCCUGAGAAGUAACACUCUGUAUCAGUCUGUACACUGACUAAAUCUCUUCAUGUAUCAAGAGCCUUGAUAUCCCUGUUCUAACUCUGCACUAGCUCUGUGUUCUGGCUCUUGGGUUGCUGCAGGCAGCUUGAACCCACUUGGGAAUGUAACUCCCAUUACUAUUUGUUGUAAUUUUGCUCAUUUCUAUUACAGCAUUCCUUCUGCUGUCUUUUUCAAUUUGUAACUGGCUUUACAAGAUGAAAGUUUAAUAAAUUAUUGGAUUGCAGAGGCCAUAUUCGCUCACAAA